AUGGGCACGCCGUGGCUAGUGGGUGGCGAUUUUAAUACAAUCUUGGAUGCCUCGGAGAAAAAAGGGGGUCUGGCCGAUAUUUCCCGCAUGCAUGAUUUCCAGGACUUUGUUAUGCAAGCCGAACUUUUGGAUGCAGGUUUUAUUGGUAACCCAUUUACGUGGAGUAAUAAUCGAUCAGGUCUUAAUAGGAUAUGGAAGAGAUUGGACAGAGUGUUAAUCAAUUCCGAUUUCCAAUUAUUAUUUCCGUCUCUGCAGGUGCUUCAUCUAGAGAGAACAAUGUCCGACCAUGCGCCGCUUAGUGUUCGUUUUGAACAGGGCCAGCAGAUGGCUGGGAAAGGGUUUACGUUUCAACGUAUGUGGGUUGACCACCCUACUUUUCAAGCUAUGGUUUCUCAUGCAUGGUCCAUUCCAGUUCAUGGUUCCCCUUUUUAUGUAUUUCAACAGAAGCUUAUUUUCGUUCAGAAAGCUCUCCAACAGUGGAACUGGGAGCUAGUCCAGUACGAAGACUGGGAGUUAGAGCUGCUUAGUUCAAAGGCCCGUAUGGCUUGGGACAAAUCCGGAGAUCGUAAUACUGCCCUAUUUCACGCGACCAUCAAAGAUCGCCGAAAGAGAGCUCUUAUCCAAGUCACUUGUGGUGAUGGCUCCACAUCGACUCAACCCCAGGAAAUUGGCGCUCUCGCACAGGAUUUCUUCUCCAAUCUAUUCAAGGCAUCAGAGUAUGAACUAGACGAGAAUCUAUUUCUUGGGGUUCAACCUGUAGUAACCGAUGUAGUGAAUGAAGCCUUUUGCUGUCUCCCAGAUAUGGAAGAAAUUCUUGAGGCGGUUAAAGGGUUGAACCCGAAUAGCUCCCCUGGCAGAGACGGUUUUACCGGGCAUUUCUAUGUCGCCUGCUGGGAUAUUAUUAAAGUGGAACUGUCGAAUUUUAUAAUCGACUUUUUCCGAGGGGGUCACAUUCUUAAAGAGAUGAAUUUAACCACUUUGGUUUUAAUUCCUAAGAUUGAUAAUGCUCGGACCGUUGGUGACUAUAGGCCAAUAAGUCUCGGUAAUUUCUCCGGAAAACUCUUGUCUAAAAUCCUUGCUACUAGACUGGGGAAAAUUCUUCCGUUUCUAAUCUCAGAGGAGCAAGCAGGGUUUGUCAAAGAUCGUAAUAUUAUGUCGCACAUAGUCAUGGCUCAAGAAUUGACGCGUGAUAUUAAUCAAAAGUGUAAGGGCGGCAAUGUUAUUUUUAAAUUGGACAUGGCAAAAGCAUAUGAUCGUCUAGAGUGGCGCUUUCUUCUUCGGGCAAUGCGUGCUUUUGGCUUCUCUCAUGCAUCAUGUGAUCUAAUUUACAGAAAUAUAUGCAAUAUAUGGUACUCCUUUCGCAUUAAUGGGGAAAUGGUUGGCAAUUUCAAAUCUUCGCGUGGGGAAAUCUCCCAGUACAAGGUUGGCCAUAAUGAACUCUCGGUUUCACAUCUACUGUAUGCGGACGACAUUCUCAUAUUUACGAAUGGAGGGCGCCACUCUGUACAACGGCUAAUGGAGAUUUUUCAUUCGUAUGAAAGGUCCUCGGGGCAGCUCGUUAAUGUGACUAAAAGCCAUCUUUAUGUGGGUAAAUGGGCAGAAGUGGAGAGUAGCAAUAUUGAGCAAGUUACGGGGAUCUGUCGGAAAACCCUCCCUCUCAAGUAUCUAGGGGUUCCCAUUUAUUCCGGUAGGACUAAGGCGGAAUUUUUCGAAUAUCUCGUCACUCAGAUUCGAGGUAAACUUCAAGGCUGGAAAGGGAAAUUCCUUUCUUUUGCUGGUAAAAUUACGUUACUCAAGGCGGUGUUGAGUAGCAUCCCGAUUUACUCGUUGGCUUGUUCGAAGGUGCCUAUAUCGGUUAUUACUCGGCUCGAGCAAUUAAUGGCUGCCUUUUUAUGGAGUUCUGGCGGUGCUUCGAGGACUCACUGGGUGAAAUGGAAAACUAUUUGUACUCCGGUUGAAGAUGGGGGUUUGGGUAUCCGACCCCUUAAUCAGGUGAUGUGGUGUUUGCAUGGGAAGCUAUUGUGGCAGGUUAUGCAAAAAAAGUCUUUGUGGGCGAAGUUCGCUAAUGCCAAGUAUUGCGAUAAACGUCGGAACAGUAGCGGCCAAUCGACCUCCCCUUUAUGGAGGUCGAUAUAUAGUCAUAGUGAUUCACUUGCCGAGUGUUCCAAGUGGAAUGUGGGUUCCGGAGAUAUAAGAUUUUGGGCAGAUAAUUGGGUUGGUGAAGUGCUUGUUGGGCCUCUUCCAAGUGACCACACUUUAACUGUUGCAACCGCCAUGCAACAUCUCUCGGAAUAUCUUAAAUUAAUUCCUCCUUCCCUGCAUGAGUCGGUAAGGAAAGUUACGUUGGAUCCUGAUCAGCCGGAUCGGUUGAUAUUCACUCUUACACAAUCUGGGGAUUUCUCGACUAAAGAGUACUGGAGACAUAUUCGGGUUUUGGGGCGACGAGAGGCGUGGACAAAUCGCAUAUGGCACCAGUUCUUGCCACACAAGACAUGUGGAUUCAUGUGGAAAUUGAUACAUCACGCGCUCCCCGUUGAUCAACGAAUUAUCUCUAGAGGAAUUCCGAUGGUUUCCAGAUGUGUUUGCUGUAAAAAUCCUCACCAAGAAGACGUCCAACAUCUUUUUUUCCAAUCGGAAGUGGCGGGGCAAGUAUGGCAGCACUUUAGCCUGCUAUUUCAUCUCCCAUCGCAGUUUGUGUCGGCGAAGCAUGCUCUUGUUGUAUGGGUCCCCAAACCACAAAUACAAUCGCAGUACACAAUGGUUCGAACCUCUACUGUGUGUCAUAUUCUUCGUGAGCUGUGGGUGGCUCGAUGCAAAGUUGUUUAUGAUGGGGGAGCCAUGCAUAGAGAAAAUAUUAUUCGUCGAGUUUUCUCUCACAUUCAGCACGUGGUCAUCAAUCAUGUUCCUCGACAGCCGUCUACGAAGCUUCAAAGUCUCCAACUUCAAGCCAUUGGAGUCUGUUUAGUGCAGCCUAGCUAUAAGCGUGGAAAAUGGUUCAAAUGGGAGCGGCCCAAGGGUGGUACUUUUAAACUUAAUACUGAUGGCUCUUCCACGGCGGAGGAAUGUACGGGCGGUGGGAUUGUUAGGGAUUCGGAAGGUGGAAUAGUUGCUAGUUUUUCAAGAUAUUUUGGGGUUGGCACCAAUAACUUUGCGGAAUUUUCGGCGGUGGUUCAUGGCCUUAGAUUGUGCAAGCUUCUCGGUCUCUCACAAAUUAUAGUGGAAAGUGAUUCCUUGCUGGUCAUCAAUGCAAUUCGGACCAAGCACAUUGCAUGGGAGCUUGAGUAUAUUUUUCGGCAAUGCUUGAAGGAGAUAGAGCCUUCCUUCUCGUUCCAGCACGUCGUGAGGCAAAAAAACACGGUCGCGGAUAGAUUGGCUAAUUGGGCGUAUUCUCAUAAGUCAAAUCAAGAAUAUUUCUCUGAAAUGAGUUUACCGAGGGAGGCCCGGGCUGCAUAUAUAAGUGAUAAGUUGGGAGUCGCCAAUUUUCGUCCAUGA